CGAAGAUGGGUAGGUAAAUUGCUUAAAAAUAGCCCUUGUCACUCUGAAGUUGAUCUGGAGGGUUCGACAGGAGCAGGACAGGAGCGACGGGAGUGUAACCUUGGACAGAGAAGAUGCUGGGUUCAAAUUUCAUGAAAAUCUUUAGUCUGUGUCUAACUGUAGUGCUUCUGUUGAUACACAUGGUGUCUGCUGCCUCACUACUCACCUGUGUCACCUGUCUCUCCUCGCACCUGUCACACAUCUUAGGAUCUGCUAUGCCUUCUACUUUUCCAACAACAUCAGAUCCAGAUUUUCUGAAGGUUCUGAUGUCAUUGAGACCAAUGCAGCCUGUAGCCCCAUCACCAUCCCUGUCUCCACCCACUUGUCUGAUGUUAAAUCAAGGACACGAGACAUGCUAGCUCCUGAGGGGUUAUUGUACACCCAGCCUACAGUGUUCCCAAGUCGUACUGACGUGGUGUUCGCGAGCCCCUGGUUGGCUCCUAUUGUCUGGGAGGGCAGCUUCAACAUCGCUCUCCUCGACAGUAUCUACAAGCCCAUGAACCUCACCAUAGCAACCACAGUCUUUGCUGUAGGAAAGUAUGUUGCUUUCCUGAAGGACUUCCUGGAGACGGCAGAGAUACACUACAUGGUUGGCUACAAGGUUGACUACUACAUAUUUACUGACAGACCUGGAGACGUUCCAAAUGUUACCCUGGCGGAAGGGAGACGGGUGAGAGUGAUGAAGGUGCCCAGCUCCAACCGCUGGCAGGAAAUCUCAGCUCGCAGGAUGGAGAUGAUCCAGCUGCUCAUCGAGAAUACGAUCAGGGGUCAAGCAGACUACAUCUUCUGUCUGGACGUCGACUCCAAGUUCCACGCUCACUUUGGGGUGGAAGCUCUGGGUCGACUGGUCGCCACCAUACACCCUAGUUUCUGGACACUACAGCGUGACCAGUUUACAUACGAACGCCGUCCGGAGUCACGGGCCUACAUUCCCUUGGGGGAGGGAGACUUCUACUACGGAGGUGCUGUCUUUGGAGGACUGCUGGAGGAUGUCCGCGCCAUGACAAAGACCUGCAGUCAGAAUUUUGAGGCGGACACGGCCAAUGGGAUCGAGGCAGCGUGGCAAGAAGAGAGCCACCUGAACAGGUACUUCCUGUAUAACAAGCCGUCCAAGUUACUGUCGCCUGAGUACCUGUGGAUGGACGUAGCUGGCUGGAACAAGGAGAUAAAGUUGGUUCGUUUCUCAGGGGUGGAAAAGAACUACGCAGAGAUCCGCCCAAACUGAGGACAGAUGUGAUCAGGGACGUGUUUCUAUAUCCCAGCAAAAAAACAUCUUUAAGUCUGUAACAUAAUGUUGUAUUUCAGUUGUCAUGUGAUUGCUCAUUUGAUGUGUUUUGAUUUUAGUAGUGUUGGAGAAAUUGAAGAUGUAACACAUUUAUCCUGUAUAAGAAUGAUUCUGUGUUCAGCAUUCCUUGUGUGUAGGGAGAAGCCUACCCCCAAAUCUGGACUUUGGGUAACAUGAGGCAUACGUAAACAAGGUGACCUGGGCUGACCACUCUCUCUUACUGGAGAGGCCAUAAAAGAUGUCUGGCCUUAUCUGUGUUGGGUGAAUCAUGUGGUCAAGCUUACAGGGGUCAAAAGGCACACACACGCACACACUCAAGCACGCACACACUCAAACACGCACGCACACACGUGCGCGCCAGGUCUAUGCAAGGAGCCAAUGAAGAAGAGCAAUGGAACAUUUGCAUGCCUUUGUCUUAACCAAUGACUGUAAAGGGCGGUUCUGCUUAAAUAGCUAGCUAGCGCAACAUGCUAGCGGACAAACUUGUAGCACAAUGGGGUGUGAUGUUUUUGUCUCCUUGUGGGCCGGCCACAAGCAAUAAAGCUUUCUUAAACUUGUUCACCGACUGACUGUGCAAUGCUUGAUAGAUUAAUAUUUUUGACAAGUAGCCAUAUAGUGUUCUUGUCAUUGUUUAGAUGUUUUGGGGUUUCACAGUUGUUCUAUAUUGAUUGUCUUGUACAGCCGUGGCCAAACGCAUUUGGAGCGACUGCUAACAUAAUUUACAUUUAGUCAUUUAGCAGACGCUCCAAUCCAGAGACACUUACAACAAGUACAGGGACAUUCCCCCAGGCAAGUAGGGUGAAGUGCCUUGUCCAAGGACACAACGUAAUUUGGCACGGACGGGAAUUGAACCGGCAAUCCUCAGAUUACUAACCCGAUAACACAUCCUGCACUGAUCAAAUGCAACUUGUUUUUCUCUGUAAAGAACACGAUUUUAAGUAUUUUGGUCAAGACUUGUAACUGUUUUAAAUUAUUGUACUCUCUGUGAACUAUAUUGUUAUUGCUUGCUUUUCUACAGGUACAUUCUUGCAUUUUGGAGGUUCAUGUUGUUUAAUUGUAAUUUGUUUAACUGCAUGCUCUUGUGGUUCAGAGCAUUGAAGGACAGUCUUCAUCUAGUGGAGGUGUUAAAUUUGACUAUGUUUAAUAUCAAAAUGAUAAAAUUCUUCAAUGUAUGUCAGCCAGGUUCCCUCCAUGUCUUGUGUGAAGAAAUGCUGGUCAUAUGUACAAGAAAUGUGUUUUAAAAGAAGUUUACAGCUAGGAGAUGUGAAGUCUGGGUGACCCGGAAGAGUUCUAUUCUUUUCACUUGGGGGGGGAAGAGACAGUUGGUCUGAAGACUAUGUGGAUUCAACUGUAUUGUUCUAAAGAGUUAACCAAUAACAGAAGAGAGUUAGUAUAGCUGCAUGUCUGUAGGAUGGACCGAUGACUUUUGUGAACUGUCUUAUCUAUAAAUGGUCUGUUGAAGAAUGUUCUUGGGGGUUCAGGGCUAUCAGCUGGGUAGUGCUGGUGGGAUGGAUUCUCCCGGUUACAUUCUAGAAUGCGAGAUGGAGCUGUAUGGAAUUGUCUUUGUGUUAUUGUCUUAUGUUUGUGUGUCGAUGAUGUUAUGCUGGUAACAUUAUUAUGUUUACGUCAUACAUCAAAUAAACAUAAACUGUACUUCACCCGA